GUCGGUACUUGAACGCAUUCCUUGACGUGGAGGCUGGGGUACCUCUCCAAGGAUUUCAUGAACACCGUUCCUUAUAAGUUUAAUAUGUUCACAGAAAGACUUUUUCUGCGAGAGCGCACGCACGGAAAACUACCAGGUUUGGAGUUAUAUCGGUGAAGUGCCCUUCUUGGAUAAAGACACAAGCGCAACUGCGCUUCCAACUUAACUUUAACGAAGUUACAGGCAAAGGAGAGCUGAAGAAUAGUGGAGCACGACUGAAGUACAGGAAGCAUCUUCACAGGGCUGAGCAUGGAGAGAGAAAGAGUCAGCACCAUGAAGAUCUUUCAUAUUCCUUUGAUCCCUUUUAUGUUUCUCCUCAUCCUUCCUGAUGGUGUCUUCUCUAGUGAUUGCCCAAAAGAUUGCUCCUGUUCCACAGGAUCCAUUUUUUGUUUCCAAAGACGAUCGUCUACCAUUCCCAGGGGAGUGGACCAAUCCAUUAAAAGCCUCUACCUGUUUUCCAAUGGGAUUGAAAGCUUGACAACUCAGGACUUUGAUGGGCUACAGAACCUGGAAAUGCUGGAUCUCAGUCAAAACAAACUGACCCAUCUUCCCGAUCGGGUGUUUGAACCUCUGACUUCUUUGCGAAACCUGGACUUGUCAUCCAACCAGAUCACCCACAUCUCAGCAGAAUGCUUCCAUGGUAUGAAACUGCUUGAGCGCCUUUAUUUAUAUAGUAAUCAUAUCCAAACCAUCAACCCUGCAGCCUUUAAAGGCUUGGAGCACCUGAUUGAACUCAAACUGCAGGGUAACCAGUUCACAUCCCUGCCAGCCCUCUCAAUGCCUCAUCUGUUGCUGCUGGACCUUCGCUUUAAUGCUUUAGACACUUUGGAUCCUUCAGACCUUCAGACCCCAAACCUAGAGUCACUCAAACUGGGAGGUGUGGGGCUUACCAGCCUGAAUAAAGAGCUUAUUAGCAGUCUCAAGAAUCUCCAUGAACUGGACAUCUCAGGAAACAAACUCAAAUCUUUUCCCUCAGUGCUUAAAGAGACCCCAGGGCUGAUUCAUCUCAGCCUGGCUGGAAACCCAAUGGGCCCUCUUAAGGUUCAGGACCUGCAGAACCUUGGGGAGCUGCAGGAGUUGGACAUAAGCAGCCUCAGUCUGCAGGGCAUCCCUGAAGAGUUCUCCCAACUAUUUCCCCACCUCAGAAAGCUCACACUUGCACAAAACCCCUUCAACUGCCUCUGCAACUUAGCAUGGUUCCCCAGAUGGCUCAGAGCCCAGAGCAUCACCCUGGAGAAAACAGAGGAGACACGCUGCCAUUUCCCACCUGUCAGUGCUGGAAAGGUAUUAGAAAGACUGGAUCACAGAGAUUUUGGCUGUCCUACCACAACUACGGUCACCACUAGAACUGUAAAAACAACUACCACCCAGCCUGCUCUUGUCACUACCUUCCCAACAACUACUAGGGUAAUUUCCCCUCCUAGGGCCAGUGACAACCCCACUGAAAAAGAAGGUGGUUCUCCCCAACCCCCUGUUCUUGCUUCCCCUAGCAUAAACCCAGAUGAGCAUUUCUGUCCUUCUCACAACUGUCUGAAUGGGGGUAUUUGUCGUUUGGACCAGCGUGGUCAGGUGGAGUGCACCUGUCCGCUCCAUACCUCUGGCACAUACUGUGAAAUCCAAAAUCAUCACCCACCUUCACCACCUGUAGCAGAACCUCCUAUACCAACUAUCAGUGCCAACACACCCGACAUCAGCUCACGUAAGGAAACCGCGACAUCUAUCCUCCUGGAUCUUCACCGCUACAUCGAAAUGCGCCCUUACAUCCGUGGAAUCCGUCUAACCUACCGCAAUCUCUCUGGGCCAGACCGCAGACCAAUUCAGCUCAGCCUCCCAGCAACCUUCCCAGAGUAUACACUUAGAGGCCUGAAUCCUAACUCCACCUACACUGUAUGUGCCAGUCCAUUAGGUGUCCCUAAUGGCAUAGACAGCGUCUGCACUGAGGCCCAUACAGCCCCCGAAAUGUCUAGGGGUCCUGGUGCACGGAUCGAUGAGCCUAAGCUAACCACGAUGCUGGUGCCUGCAGUUGCGAUCUUGCUUCUGCUUGUACUGAUAGCAGUAGCAGUGGGAGUAGUGUGCUACCUUCGCAGGAAGAGGGCCAAGGGCCACCUGGACCUUGACUGUGAUCCCUCCCAGCUAGAAUUGGAUGGAGUUAAAGCUGGCUUAGACAAUGGGCCCCUGCCUCAAAAACAGUCACAACUUAUGAUCCCAGAACCUGCUGUUCAGAAUGGAAAUCUGGAAUAUGAAGUUUUACUACUACAAGAUCACUGUACAUCAAACAACAACAUAACAACAUCUUUACAUAAGCCUUCCUGCUUUUGACACCUUGCUUUUUUAUUACUCCAAAUGAGGAUUUUUAAAUCUUCAGCUUUUCCCUCCUAAGUGAAAUAAAAAGAGCAGCUAUUGCCGCUGUGAAAGUGGAGAACCAAGUCAGCCAAUCAACCAGGAAAGGGGAAACUGGACAUAUAUUCAACUUCCUGGUUAUUUCUUAGUAUAAGCAGACAUUAAACAAGUUCAAAAUUUGCCUUUGGACUUGGAAAAAGCAUCAGAUGUGCUUUUCACUCCAUUUACAUGGUGCAUCCUGCUUCAAUAAUAUUUGCUCAAAUGCAAUCAGGCCCCGUGGUGUGAUGCUGGGACUGAUGGGGGUUUUUUUUGUUUUUUUUUUGGGCCAUUGGCUGACUCACAGGGUUAAGAGACAUAUUAACCUCAUGCCCUCUUUUAUGUGUUCAUAAAGGGAUGUGAACUGAAAUGGGGUUGUGCUGCCUUUCCCAUCACAACAACCCAACUAAAACCAACUCAGCAAUUGUUUUUACUGAGUUCAGUACUACCCCACAAAGGGAUCAGUGCUUGCUUGCUGUGAAUGAUCUUUAAGACACUAGAUGAAGUUGUGCAAAGAAAAAACUGAUGCUUGUAUUAUUUUAUUUGGCUCCAAGACUUUGUUGUAUAUGUCUGUUUUUUUUAAUAUCUGUGUCUGUUUUUUUUUUUUAAUAUCUGUGUCUGUUUUUUUUUUUUUAAUUGUGCAACAUUGUGACUGUUAACAGCCCUCAGUACCCUCCUCGCCCACCUCUUGUGACUAACAGACAAAACAGCAGAUUAAAAUCUUUGAAGAUUAAAACUCAUUGGUACCAGUAAAGUCAAUCAAAGAGCUUUGCCCCCAUAAUGUCAGACAGUCUAAGUAGAUGGGAGUCUGGACAGAGUUGAGACUAAAUCCCCCUUCUCCAUACUAGAGCCCUCAGCCUGCUUUGCCACCACAAAGGGAGAAGGUAAGCAGGAUUAGAAAAGGUACAGAGGGAAGCAGCUGACACCCCCCACCCCCGUGUGUUAAUUACAGUAACACACUUGACUAUACUGCAGCAAACGACAACUUCAGAAACAUAAUGGUUUAUCUUCUCUGUGUUGUCCCUCAAUCAAAAUAUGCUUACAACAUACUAAUUGGCCUGGCUGAAAACAAGCAAAGCAAAGCAGUGGAUGUGUAUUGUGUUUCUCUUGAGUAAAAAUAGCCUGCUUGAUAUAACGCUAUGCACAAUAUCUCCUUGGCAAGCAAGACCCCGGUUUUGCUCAUUCGUACCUAACAAGACUAUGAAAAGGCACAAGCAACAAUGCAGCUAACUUCAGAGUGUUCAUAUUGUUGUGUAGAGGACAAUGAGACUAGCAGGGAUCCACUGGAUGGUUAUUAUAUAAAGAGGUUACCAAGAGCCAAAGCAAAUUAACAUUUGUUUGGAAAUGAGAGGUGUGUGUGUGUGUGUGUGUGUGUGUGUGUGUGUGUGUGUGUGUGUGUGUGUGUGUGUGUGUGUGUGUGUGUGUGUCUCAUCAUCAGCGAUGAUGAAAGUACAUGUUCUGUCUUGCAGAAACACUUCUAUCAGUUAACCCCUUUACGUGCCUAGCGGGUACUUAAACAACUCCACCUAAAGCCAAACACACCAAAGACACCUCUGUGAAUGUCUGUAAAGUUACCUACAGUAUUUCCAGUGUACAGUUAACAAGUCCAUGCUAACAAAAGCGCCUUGAGAACCCCUGAUCAUGUGAUGAAACUGGAAUAUUUGUUUGUAAAAUAGAAAACAUUGAAGAUGACCAAAAGUAUUUUCGAUGUGACUGUUCAUUUUUCCCUGUUUACUUUGGGAAACUCUUUGUUAUUAUGUCUUCUUUAUUUUUUAUUCUGUGAACAUCUUUGUACAAGUGGAA